AUGUUGAGAAGUAAUAUAAUAAAGAACGCCACUAAUUAUCAGACACAGAUUUUAAAAUCAAGUACUACUAGCCAGAUUCGUUUAUUCCACAAUUCCCAGAUUCACUAUAAUGAAAGACCACAAUCACCAUUAAAAGUUUUCUUUGAUACAUUCAAGGCUGAAGUUAAAAAGUCUAACGAGUUGAAGGAAAACAUAAAAGCCUUACAAGAUGAAUCAGGAAGAGUUGCUGACUCAGAAGCAUUCAGAAAGGCCAAAGAAGCCUUCGAUAAGGCCCAGAAGGGUAGUAGUGCAGCUGGUAAGGUUGCAAAAAAAACAGCACAUGUUGUUGGAGGUGCCGCAUACAAGGCCUGGGAAUCUCCAGUUGGUAAGGGUGUUAGAACCUCCGUUAGAACCAGUGCUGAAGCUGCUGACAAAGCGUUUGAUCCAGUUAGAAACACCACUGUCUACAAGAAUGUUUCUGAUGUUAUCGAUGACGGUUCGUCCAAUUCAUACGGUGGUUUCUUAACUAAAGAACAAAGACAAAAGUUGAGAGAAAAAGAGUUGGCUGAAAAAUUGAGAAGUGGUAAAGUCUGGAAGCCAGUUAAGGAAGAUGAAAGUGCGGGCGGAGCGUUGAUUGCCACCGAACAUAAAGCUUCUGGUCCUACGAUGUCUGAUAAGUGGGAAAACUUCAAGGUCAAAUCACCAAUCGGACGUGCUAUUGUGAUAUUAAGAGAAAAAUGGGAUGACUCGGAGAACGGAUUGAUCUCACUCGUCAGAACAAUUAUAGAAAAGGUUACUGGCUUCUUCGCUGAAACCGAACAAGCUAAGGUUAUCAAACAAUUCAAACAAAUGGAUCCAGCCUUUAGGGUCACCGAUUUCACCAAGACCUUGACUAAUUACAUUGUCCCGGAAUUGUUGGACUCAUACAUCAAGAAUGAUGAAAAGGUAUUAAAACACUGGUUCAGUGAAGCACCAUUCAACGUGUGGCAAGCCAACAAUAAACAAUUUAUACAACAAGGUUUAUUCUCUGACGGUAAGAUCUUGGAUAUCAGAGGUGUCGACAUAGUUACCUGCAAGAGUUUACAACCAAACGAUAUUCCUGUCAUAGUUGUUAGUUGCCGUGCGCAAGAAAUCCAUUUAUACAGAAAAGCCAAGACUGGUGAAAUUGCAGCAGGUACUGAAGACCACAUUCAAUUAAGUACUUAUGCGAUGGUUUUCACCAGAAUUCCAGAAGAGUUCGACAAUACUGUUACUGAAGGAUGGAAGGUCAUUGAAUUUGCUCGUGGUGGUUCAAGACCAUUCCAUUAA